GACGAGACAAACGUGUACCUCCCCACGUGUCUGUGUGCAGGAAGCGGAGGCAGCAGCAUGGUAACAACUCCUGUAGUCGGAUGCAGUGCUGUAAGUUUGUCAGCAAUUCAGAAAUCCCAGGGUUGGAAAUUAUAAGGCUGAGGCCAGGUAUCCUUGCUCUUCUAGAAUGGCCAGCGGAGAGGAGGAUGACCCUAUUAUACAAGAGAUUGAAGUGUACCUUGCCAAAAGCCUUGCAGACAAAUUGUAUUUAUUCCAGUAUCCUGUCCGGCCUGCCAGUAUGACCUAUGAUGAUGUAACUCAUUUAUCUGCCAAAAUUAAACCCAAACAGCAAAAGGUUGAACUUGAAGUGGCCAUUGACACUCUGAGUCCAAACUAUUGCCGCAGCAAAGGGGAACAGAUUGCUCUCAAUGUGGAUGGCACAUCACUAGAAGACUCCAGCACUUAUUCCAUAAAAAUGAUGGAUAAGCAAACAUUCUCAUCAAUUCAGGCAACCACAAAUACAACUCGAUAUGCUGCUGCAGUAUUUCGUAAAGGGGAACUUCACCUCACGCCAUUACAGGGCAUUCUUCAAAUGAGGCCCAGCUUUUCAUAUUUGGAUAAAGCUGACAGCAAACACAAGGAGAGAGAGGCAGCCAAUGAAGCUGGAGACUCUUCUCAGGACGAAGCAGAGGAUGAUAUCAAGCAGAUUACUGUGAGAUUUUCCAGACCGGAGUCUGAGCAAGCUCGUCAGAGGCGUAUCCAGUCCUACGAGUUCCUGCAGAAGAAACAAGCAGAAGAGCCGUGGGUCCAUUUACACUACCAUGACUUAAAAGAUGGGCGCUCCGAGCAUGAGCGCCAGUAUCUUUACUGCCAGGCUAUGGAUACGACAGAGAACACAGAAUUAGUGAAGACCCCAAGUGAAUACCUAGCCAUGCUCAUGCCUCCACUGGCAGAAGAAAAGAUAGUGAAACCUGUGGGUCCCAGCAAUGUGGUUUCUAUGGCUCAACUGCGUACCCUGCCCCUUGGUGAUCAGGUGAAGACCUUGAUGAAGAAUGUCAAGGUUAUGCCAUUUGCCAACCUAAUGGGACUGCUUGCAUCAGGAACAGACUCCACUGCAGUACUGCGCUGCAUACAGCAGGUGGCGUUACUUGUCCAGGGGAAUUGGGUUGUCAAGAGUGACGUUCUAUAUCCUAAGUCCAGUUGCAGUCCACACAGUGGAGUACCUGCUGAGGUGCUCUGCAGGGGCCGGGACUUUGUGAUGUGGAGGUUCACACAUGAGCGUUCACUUAUGAGAAAGGAAGUUACUAGUGUUAUAAAGUUGCCUCCUGAGGAUGUAAAGGACUUCUUGGAGCAGAUGGCUGUUCCCAGAGCAAACCGAGGCUGGGAGUUCCUGUUGCCUACUGACCAUGACUUUGUCAAGAAGCACCCUGAUGUGGCACAGAGGCAGCACAUGCUUUGGCUGGGCAUCCAAAACAAGUUGGAAAAGGUUUUCAACUUCUCAAAGGAAGACUUUCUGCAGAAAAAGGAUGCUCAGAUGGAACCCAUUCAUGUUAGCGGUGAGCAACGUCUCAAGAUGGCACUGGAGAACGCUCGGGAGCGUCAUGGCUUCCUGCAGAAAGACUUGGACACCCAACAGCUUAAGGCGUCCACUGUGACGACUUUGCCCAGUGGAGCUAACGCCUUGGUGAGAAUCAAAGAAGAGCCCUUGAGUGAUUCUGAAGAGACCAUGGACAUGUCUGCUUCCCUGCCUAAUGGUUCACUCAAUGGCUAUCCCUCUGUGGAGUCCCCUGACUUGGACCCUCGCAGCGAUCAUGGGGUUGGCCAGACGCCGACCCCGGAGCUCCGAGAUUUUGUGCAGCGCACCUUCCGGAAGCAUUUUGUGCUCUGUCUCAGUGAAGUGAAGCGGCUGUUCAAUCUGCACCUGGCCAGCCUGCCCACAGGCCACUGCCGGUUUGGCCAUGUCACGGAUCGCAUGCUCCAGGACACGAUCCUCCACAGCCAUUGCAAGCAGAUCCUUGUGCCUUUUCCCCCUCAGAGCAGUGCUAGUGCAGAUGAACAGAAAGUCUUUGGUCUGUGGGAGAGUGGUGAAACCUUUGAUAAGCACCGCCAGGUACUGUUUGAGAUCUUCAUGAAGAACUAUCGGGUAAGAAGGAAUGUCAUCCAGACCCGACUUACACAGGAGCUCGGCGAAGCUGUCACUAAGUCUGAUGUGGACAGACUACUGAAGGAGUGCUGCAUCAGUUUAGGAGGAAUGUGGUACCUUAAGGGUACAGUGCAGUCCUGACACAAGGGAGAGACCCCAUUCGGACCCUGUUCAUCAAACCAUCUCCUGCCAAGUUUAAUGAGAGUAAACUUGACGCAGGGGAAGACGGCGCAGGCAUGAAUCAGCCUUUGACUGGCUGAGACCACAUCUGGAAGGCAACAAAGACCUUCUGCUGCUGCGGAACAUUACAUUUUUUUAUGUUGACCUUUUCCGGACAAGUAGCAGUGCGUAGCCAAAUUCAGAACUUGUGGAAGCUUGCAGAACACCUCACUAAUUCAUAUAAAGGGCUGGAGUUCCACUUGAUUUUACAAAAAUAUUUAGUGACAAAAAAUAAAAAUAAGAGGAGGGAAAUGUAAAUGAAGUUAUUUUUUUGUUCGUUUGGUUUCUUAUGAUUUAAUGUUUUCUUUUAAACCUAAAUUUAGGAUAUAAUAAUAAAGAUAGAGAUGAUGGUUUUAUUAUAUUCCUGGCCUUUGGCAUAGUUUCAUGCAGUUACUUUGGUUUUCUCAAGACUUGGAUGAUUCUUUGAACUCCACACACCUCAUCCAGUUAAUUGUUGAGUAGAAUUGGUUGUGCUGUUUUUUUUUUGUUUUUUUUUUUGUUUUUUUUGUGGGUACUUUACAUGCUAAAAAUAUGGAUGUACCAGUCAGAGAAAAAGAGCACGAGGUCAUGUUUACUUUGAACAUUAUGAGGUUAAAGGUUGGUUUAUCUAAAUAGAAGCAACACUUGUUCUGUGCACUUCUGUGCUCUAGCUUCCCUUUGUAGUGUUCAUAUCCAUCUGCAGAGUAACUGUUAAACCAAAGCCCUCUCUCCCUGAGAAAUGGGCCUAAUUUGUGUCCUGAACAGAGGAGUAGCAAAUGUAAUACUUAAGAAAUGCAGCGCAGGAAAAUAAAUCCAUCAAAAGCUAGCGUUUAUGCCAGGAGUCUGCUGUGGUACCAUUGUGGAAUGUUUUGUUGAUUUACUAAAGUGAAUAUUGAAUUAUGAAAGCUUAGGCAUGCAAACAAAAAUGAAACAUGCAACAUUGCAAUGUGACCUUUAAUCUAUAAUCCAUAAAUAUAAUUAAGGCUACUGGGAGAUGUAGAUUUUAAACUGUCCCAUGGUGCAGUUUAUAUCACAUUUUGCUUCAGCUGACCAAAUAUGACCGAAGUGCAUGAAUAAUUUCAAGACACUGAUGCAUUCUGAAAGUGGGUAGGGGAUUCAGUUUUUUACACUUGCAAUGAUGGACAGUUUCUCUGCUGCUAACACUGCUAAUCUUUGCAUCUUGUGUGUUCAGUACCAGUAAAUUUAGGUUUUGGGAAAAAAAGUAUGUCACUGUCCUAAUGGUAUAAUGGAGGGAGUCCUGGCAAUCAAAGGGGCUGACCGAUGAUUACAUUGAACUGCAAGAUAAUGUUCUGAAUGAGUGAAUUAUUUUGAACAAGAGAAAGUGCCUCUAAAUUAUUCAGGGUAAAGAUUAUCCAAUUCUGUUAUGACUGGAAUAUGUUUAAGUUUCUCCUCCAGCCCUGUUCUUUAAUAACUGAAGACUGCUUGUAAAUUUCAAUAAUUCUCACCUCUUGGUCAUUCAGCCAAUAAGCAUUCCAUAUACUCAGAAAUUCACGUUGUGUCUGUGUCGGUUUACGUUUAACAAGAAAUUAAUAGUUUUAUUUGAACAUUAUGAUCAAUAAACACUGCAACCAAAGUACUGCUA